AUGGUCAGUGUCGACGCCAAGGAGAGAGAUGCCAGCACGGACCUCAAAUUCUGGUGGUCACUGGCAAUAGCAGCGAUGACGGCACUGCUUAUAUUCAUGCUGGUCACAGCCAUGCGAGAGUUCUACACUUACCCUAAGAUGACCAGCUAUUCAGUAGAAGUCAUGGAGUCUCUUAUAUUCCCCGCAGUUACCAUUUGUAACUUCAGCCCUGUAAACAUAAGCAAGCUCAAUAUCAUGGACAACCAAGAGAUACUUAACUUUCUUCUACAGUCUAGUCCUUUGUAUGGACUAGCUACUGAGACAAACUAUGACAGUCAUGACUUUUUCAAAACCGAUUUAAGCGCGGCCUGGUAUGAGCAAGUUGCCAUGGAAAAGGAGACAAUGUUCAUCCUGUGCUGGUUCAACGGCGUGAAUUACCCAUGUGGGCCCCUGUUUACCCCAGUGCAUACAGCUACAGGGAUGUGCUACCAGUUUAAUGUCAACGCCAGCUCCCCACUGACAACAACGAUGACUGGCAGCUCCACCAACCUGGUCGUUUUGGUUUACGUGGAUCAAGACAACUAUGUGUUUUCCCAAGAACCUGCAUCAGGAGUCGUGAGGCACGUGAGAGAACCUCCUCUGAUGCUACAUGACGAAAAUAAGGGUUUUCAAUUCCUUUCAAAAUAG